AUGGCUACUUUGAACCACACUGGGAUUAACCAUAAAGUCUUUCACUUGCUCGGCAUCCCUGGGCUAGAGGACCAGCACAUGUGGAUUUCCAUCCCCUUCUUCAUUUCCUAUGUCAUCGCCCUGCUUGGGAACAGCCUGCUCAUCUUCAUCAUCCUCACAAGGCACAACCUCCAUGAACCCAUGUACCUCUUUCUCUGUAUGCUGUCUGGUGCAGACGUUGUCCUCUCUACCUGUACAGUACCUCAGGCCUUGGCCAUCUUCUGGUUCAGUGCUGGGGAGAUCUCCCUGGGCCGCUGCAUCACUCAACUCUUCUUCAUCCAUUCCACCUUUAUCUCUGAGUCAGGGAUCUUGCUGGUGAUGGCAUUUGACCGCUACAUUGCCAUAUGCUACCCACUGAGAUACACCACUAUUCUAACAAACAGCCUAAUUGGGAAAAUUGGCAUGACUGUCUUUCUCAGAAGUUAUGGCACAAUUUUCCCCAUAAUAUUUCUUGUGAAAAGACUGACUUUUUGCAGAAAUAGCAUUCUUCCACACACUAGUUGUGAGCACAUUGGCUUGGCUAAGUAUUCCUGUGAUGACAUCCAUGUGAACAUCUGGUAUGAUUUUUUUGUCCUAAUGUCAACAGUGGUCUUAGAUGUUUUGUUAAUUUUUAUUUCGUAUAUGCUUAUUCUUCGUGCCGUCUUCCACAUCCCUUCCCAAGAUGCUCGCCACAAAGCUCUGAACACAUGUGGCUCCCAUGUCUGUGUCAUCAUCCUCUUCUAUGGGCCUGGCAUAUUCUCAGUCCUCACUGAGCGGUUUGGAAGCCACAUCUUACCCCAUAUUCACGUCCUGUUGGCCAAUGUCUGUAUUCUUGCUCCACCAAUGCUGAAUCCCAUAAUUUAUGGGAUCAAGACCAAACAGAUACGGGACCAGGUGAUUCAUGUGUUGUUUCCAAAAGUAAUAUGA